UCACGACAAACUCCACCAUGCCAUUUUUUUACAGAAACAAAUGCCUGAUGAAGGUCUCUGACCGAAAGCUUGGCUAAUAAACUCCUACAUCGCAGAUUGAAGUGUGCAGAUUCUCAUUUUGUUUAUUUCCCUUUUUGAUCUAGCACCUUUUCCCAGAUGAGCGGCGACUCCCUCUACUCUACAGAAACAAAGCCAAAAUUAAAAUGUUCUAAAAGUAGUACUGACUGGUUUAAUUUUAAAAUUGGUUCUGGAAUUUUUCAACUAAUGCCACCACUGGUUACUAUGGAAAUGAAGCUGCCCUUUUAAAAACCAUUCUUAUGCUGUGACUUAUGAGGGGUAAAGUUCAACCUGCAGAGGAUCAACAAUAUCUUCACAGAAACGAGGGGAUUCCUGUUGGAGGAAAGGAGUGAAGUGUGCCCAACAGUAAAAUGUCACUAGAUAAGAAACAGACGUGCAAAGAAGAGGAGAAUGAACUGACUGUAAGACAGUUGGUUCAACCAACCAAAACGUCAGGGGAUUUGAAACGUCACCAGAGGAUCAACACUGCAGAAAAGCCAUUUCCCUGUGAUCACUGUGGAAAACGUUUUACUCAGUCAAGAGAUGUCAAACGUCACCAGAGGAUCCACACUGGAGAACAACCGUUUGCCUGCAACCAUUGUGGGAAAUGUUUUAAUGACUCCUCGAAUAUGAAACGUCACCAGAGGAUCCACACUGGAGAACAACCGUUUGCCUGCAACCAUUGUGGGAAAUGUUUUAAUGACUCCUCGAAUAUGAAACGUCACCAGCGGAUCCACACUGGAGAAAAACCGUUUCCCUGUGAUCACUGUGGAAAACGUUUUACCCAAUCAGGAGAUCUCAAAAGACACCAGAGAAUCCACACUAGAGAAAAACUGUUUCCCUGUGAUCACUGUGGAAAACGUUUUACCCAAUCAGGAGAUCUCAAAAGACACCAGAGAAUCCACACUAGAGAAAAACCGUUUCCCUGUGAUCACUGUGGAAAACGUUUUACCCAAUCAAGAAAUCUCAAACAUCACCAGAGAAUCCACACUGGAGAAAAACCGUUUGCCUGCAUCCAUUGUGGGAAAUGCUUUAAUGGCUCAGCGUAACGAGGACAAGGAGCAUCACCACAAGUGUAUUCAGUGAUGUCACAAAAAGUAAAAGUUAUUUUAAUGGGUCAAAGUUACAAGGCCAAAACGUUUCAAUAAUAUUGAUCUGCAUGCAACUCAA